UACGGUGGCCCAUAAGUACAAACAUGCAUACAAAUUCAAAUACACAAAUACAAAACCAAAUACACGCAUACAAAAGUCAGUACACGCAUACAAAAGUCAAUACACGCAUACAAAACUCAAUACACGCACACAAAACUCAAUGCACGCAUACAAAACUCAAUACACGCAUACAAAACUCAAUACACGCAUACAAAAGUCAGUACACGCAUACAAAAGUCAAUACACGCAAACAAAAGUCAAUACACGCAUACAAAAGUCAAUACACGCAUACAAAACUCAAACGUUAGAAUAGAUGAAAAACUAGCAAUUUACAUCACGUUCCAUUAGUAACGAAUAAAAUGGUACAUGCCAAUGAAAGUAUAGCUGUAUAUUUCGUUCUAUCACUGCUUUUAUGAAUGGAGGAUAUUAUCAGAGACUAUUUUAAGAAAAACUACACGUAUAAAACCAUUUUACAGUUGUUAGAAAAAUACCAUGCAAUUGAAAUAUCGAGAAGCACUUUAUUGAACAAGCUUAAGGAGUAUGGCCUGCGACGACGAGGAAAUACGAUUGAUAGAGACCACGUGAGAAGAUGUAUUCUUGAAGAGCUAGAUGGAAGUGGUAGCAUGUUGGGCUACAGAGCCAUGUGGAGAAGAUUGCAAUCAAAACAUGGCUUGCAAAUUCCUCGUUCGGUAGUUCAAAUCAUACUUCGAGAAGUGGACCCAGAAGGAUCGAGAUUAAGGCGGGCUAAUCGUCUUCAUAGAAGAAGCUACCUAAAUCCCGGACCAAAUUAUUGUUGGCAUGCUGACGGAUACGAUAAACUUAAGCCAUAUGGUUUCCCAAUCCAUGGCUGUAUAGACGGGUUUAGUAGGAAGAUAAUGUGGCUUAACAUUGUACGGUCAAAUAACGAUCCUCAAGUGGUAGGUAGGCUUUUUUAUAACUGCGUAACUAAUUUGCAAUUAUGUCCAACAAUUCUAAGAACAGACUUGGGAACAGAAAAUGGAAUUAUGGCGUCGGCUCAGUGCUUUUUGCGCAGAAACCACACGGACACCCAUUGCAAUGUCAACGCACAUCGAUAUGGGUCAUCGCACAGCAAUCAGCGAAUCGAGGCAUGGUGGGCUAUGCUCCGUCGAUCAUGGUCCUCAUGGUGGAUAAAUUUUUUUAAAGACUUGAUAGCCAGAGGAGUGUUGGACACAAGCAAUACACUUCAUCUUGAGUGUCUUUGGUUCUGCUUUAGUCCAGUCCUAAAAAAGGGACUCGAAGAAAUUAAGGACUCGUGGAACUGUCACUAUGUACGCAAAUCCCGGUAUUAUACUCAAGCGGGAAUCCCUAAUCAGCUUUAUCUUCUACCAGAAACAGUUGGAGCAGAAGAUUUCAAGAAAGAGUAUGAUGGCCGCGAUCUCAUCGAGAUUGAGGAUUCCGUUAAUGUAUCAGCUGAAAAUUAUUCGACAUACCAAGAGUACUUUUCGUAUAGUGCUGGUGUGUUAGGAAUAGGACAGAUGCAAACCUGGAGGGAUGCUUUAGCGGCAUAUGAAAGACUACUGGAAGCAGCUUAAACACUGAUACAAACAAGCUCAACAUGUAAUGUAUUUACAACUAGGAUAACACAUAUGUAUCUUUUUAAACUAUACAUAUCUCUAAAGUAGUUAAAUUGUUUUCUACUACGUUAUAUGAUACUAUAAACAAUGUCAAAUACCAAUCCUAAUGGUCUGUAUAAAUAUUCGAAAAAAAGGUUUAAACAAUGUCAAAUGACCAUGCACUCUUCUCUCUGAGGAUAGAUGAGAACUCCUCGACCAGCUCAUUGUAGUAUUGGUAUGUACAAGGAAGCUCGAGCAAGGGUCCGCACGUGUGUGCUACAGGUCGUCGUUGUAGUCCGUUGAGCUCAGUAAAUGUCACUUUCAAUUUCUGACCUUCAACGAUAAUAUCGGCACCCGUAGUAAACUGAAGAAACGCGCUUACAUUGCCUCCUAAAGACUUGAUAUAGCGUACCAAGUGAUCAAAAGCAUUUCGCUGCGCCUCAUUUUCCGGAGAAGCAUCUAGGAUUUUCAAAACCUUUUUCGCAGUGGGUUUCAAUUCUUCGUAAAAGUGAAGAAUGCUUGCCAUAUCUUGAAAUGGAAGGCGACUCUUCAAUGAUUGCAAUAUCGUUGCCCAACAAUUGGAAACAUACCGGGGUCGUUGGAUAAGCUCUUGGUGGGCUAAUUGACAUAAUAUGUCUUCGAUGUUUUCCUCCUUAGGUAUGCGAUAGCACUUGUAGCUCCCCAAGACCUCCAACAGAUCUUCGUUUUUAUCAAUUUGUGAUCUAUUUUUCAAGCAGUUAUCAACUACUUCUCUCUCAUCUUCCGCUAUGUAAGCCAUGAAAGAUUUCACUAGCACUUCGCUGGAGACACGAUCUUCACCUAGAACAGUGCACGCAACAAAUGCUGCAG